CUGCAUUUGCGAACGAGUUGUAUUUUGUCUGAUUUUUUUUUUUCUACAGGGUUGGCGUGUUUAUUUUUAUGAUCGUAGUCCAAAGUCAAUUCUGGUUAUAUAUCAUAGUGUAGGAAAUAAAUUUUUGUAAGCCCCUUGACCUCACUUUGCUUUGGGGCUGAUACAAAAUGUCCACAACGUAUAAAACCGAAGUGAGGCACAUCGGCGAUUGCAGAUGCGGUGAAAGUGUGAGGACAUUGGGCUCAGGAGCUCCAUUCGACUAUGCAUAUCGGCCAAGCGUUGGAGCGGACAAAUACUCCCCAGGGGUCACUAUUCCAGGAAAUGCCACAACAUUUUGGGAGAGAAGUGCUGUUGGCAACCAACAGCUAUGUCCUCCCAUUAGGGCGACCGCCCAGAAUGUAUCCCACAGCAGGUAUACGGUGUCGGAUUGGCAGCAGGCCAACUUCGACAGCCUGAAUAAAUCAGAAGGAAGGCGAGUUGUCGGAGAACAAGUGAGAAGCGACUCGCUUCGAAUUAUGCGUGAUACUGAUUGCAUUGUAUCACAUGGACAGCACGAGUCAACUCAACGCCUUGGCGAGAGAAUAGGAGAUGUUAACUACUGGCGCCAUGAAGUGGUGCAUGAGCUGGAAAUGAACGUCGCCGAAACGGAAAAAUUGGAAGAAAUGAAACGGCAAGCGGAAUGUCUCCUUCGUGAGCUAGAGAACCCUCUUAGGAUAGUCCAGGAAUGUCUGUACGCUCGCGAGGGAAGAAUGGGCAUUGACCAGGUGCACGACGAUGUUGAGGUUGGACUAAACCGUGAGAUUGACGUCAUCAAGUCAAUUCAAGAGCGUCUUUGUCGUAUGCUGGAGCGCAUCGCUCAGGCUCUGCAGGAUCUGGCAGAGACGAGACAGUGCCUUGAGCGCGACUCUCUGGACAAGUUCUCGGCGCUCCACAUCGACAAGUACUCCCACGGUCUGAAGAACACGUCGCCAGGAAUCGCCCUGUACCCGGGCAUCGAGAAGUCAGACAGAACCAUGAGCACCCCCGAGUCCUGGAUGGACUACACCGUGCGGCUGGUGCAGCGCUCGCAGAACUCGCGCGCAGAGAGCUCGCGGCUGCGCGCAGAGGCGAAGAACCUCGUCAAUGCCUCUAUCAACGAGCUGUGGCAGGCGUGGAACAACACCAACCAGGCGCUGAAGCAGCGGGUGCAGCAGACGCAGGACGCCAAGAACAAGAUCCAGGUGGAGCUGUCCCGUCUGAUCCAGGAGAUUGCCGACCAGGAGAAGUACCGUCAGGCGCUGCAGAAGGCGCUGGCCGACAAGUGCCCGCCGCUGAAGGUGGCGCACACGCGGCUGGAGCGGCGCACCCACCGGCCCUGUAUGGAGCUGUGUCGAGACAAUGCCAUGCUGCGGCUGCAGGGAGAGGUGGGUGACAUUUACGGCUCUAUCGACCAGCUGAAGCAGAAACUGGCCGACACAGAGGCCGCCAUAGCGUCGCUGCUCGAGCAGAAACACCAGAUGGAGGAUGAGCUGCGCGUCAAGGCCAACACGCUGCUGAUCGACAGGGAGCGGGUGCUCGGCUCCCGGCGCGCCUUCCCCAUCGGAUCGGUCAUCACAAAGUGCGGUUAACAAGCUCUAGCCACUGUAAACAGUGACAUUGAGGUGUGGUGGUUUUGGUCCCAUACAUUUUACCGGUCCUUUUGGGUGCUAACGCAGUGAUCAUCAUGCUGCUUAGCUUUUUUUUUUGUUCUGUGUCAAAUUAGUUUGUGAACUAAGUCCAAUGCCAUUCCCAGCUACCUAAAAAGGUGCUCGAUUACUUUUUAGAUGCCGUAUGAUGUGGCGCAAGAUCAGUUCCCCCAACACUUUAUCAACAGCAAGACACGUCUGUCUCUGUCAUCUGUGUGGUUUUAUAUAAAGAAGUAAUUGAAA